GGGUGCAAACUCGUGCUAAGUAAUAGAAUUGUAGGUAAACUAGUGAAUGACGUGGUGCCUUGAAGGAAUAAGCAGGAUGUAAUAAGGUAGAAGAAACAUAAUAAUGGUGAAAAUAACUAAUUUUAUUAGUUGCAUAGCGACAGGAAAAUUUGAUAUGAAGGAGUUUUAAAUAUUGUAAUAUUUUAACGUGCUUAGCAUUCAACCAGGUAAGUUGAAAAUGGCUGCUUAACAAAUGUUUGGCGAGUCGCAGUCUCAACGUCGACAAACUCCAGAAUGCAGAAACAUCAUGUAUGGAUUUUGACCAGAUAACUGUUUUUUUAAUCCAGAUAACUUAUUGUUGUCAAUGGGUGUACAAAGAAGUGUAGCAGAUAACGAUUAGCUAAAAAUGGAAACAACAGUACAACAAGAGUCGAAGGAGCUGGAAGCAGACUCUGAAACUGAAGACAGCUCUUCAAAUAAAGCUCUUUUCUUGGAAAAAGUUAGACAGUCUAAUGCAGCUUGCCAGAAUGGGGACUUCAGUGCUGCUGUGAAACUUUACACUGAAGCUAUUAGUUUGGAUCCUACCAAUCAUGUUCUUUACAGCAAUCGAUCAGCUGCUUAUGUCAAAAUUGGCAAAUAUGGUCGUGCACUACAGGAUGCCAUCAAAGCUCGAGAACUUAACCAAAAAUGGCCAAAGGCUUAUUAUAGGCAGGGGGUGGCCUUGCAGUGUCUUGGCCGCCAUGCUGAUGCAUUGGCAGCUUUUUCUUCUGGCUUAGCUCAGGACCCCAAAAGCCUACAAUUGUUAGCUGGUUUAGUUGAAGCAGCCAUGAAGUCUCCACUUAGAGCCACAUUGGAGCCUACCUAUCGACAGCUGCAAACUAUGAGACUUGACAAGUCACCAUUUGUUAUAACAUCUGUGAUUGGUCAAGAGCUUCUUGCAUCUGGACAUCAUGCUGCUGCUGUUGUUGUUCUUGAGUCAGCGCUUCGUAUCGGGACAUGUAGCUUGAAGCUAAGAGGGUCAGUUUUUUCAGCAUUGAGUUCUGCAUACUGGGCACUGAAUAGUCUUGAUCGAGCCAUAGCUUACAUGCAGCAGGAUCUCACUGUAGCCAAAUCAUUAGGGGACCAGGCUGGUGAGUGUAGAGCACAUGGGAACCUGGGUUCUGCUUACUUCUCAAAGGGUAAUUACAAGGAAGCAUUGACUAGUCACCGCUACCAGUUGGUGUUAGCCAUGAAGAACAAAGACACUCAGGCUGCUGCUUCAGCUCUCACUAGCUUGGGCCAUGUGUACACUGCUAUUGGAGACUACCCCAAUGCCUUAGCCAGCCACAAACAGUGUGUCCAGUUGGUUAGGCAAAUGGCUGACCGUCUGCAGGAAGCUCGAGAGAUUGGUAAUGUGGGGGCUGUCUAUCUAGCUAUGGGUGACUUUGACCAAGCUGUGGAAUGCCACCUAGAGCAUCUCCGUUUAGCCAAGCAGUUGAUUAACAAGGUGGAAGAAGCUAGAGCAUACAGUAACUUAGGCUCUUCACACCACUACAGACGCAAUUUUGAGCAAGCUAUAACCUUUCAUAAUCAUGUCCUGAGAAUAGCUCAAGAGCUAGGAGACAAAGCAAUAGAGGCAAGAGCAUAUGCUGGACUGGGCCAUGCAGCUCGAUGCAUGGGUGAUCAUCAGCAAGCAAAGAUGUGGCAUGAGAAACAACUGGAUAUGGCUCUUAGUACCAAGGACAAAGUGUCUGAAGGAAGAGCAUGCUCUAACCUUGGAAUUGUGUAUCAGCUACUUGGUGAUUUCGAUGCUGCUCUCAAGCUCCAUCAAGCCCAUCUAAACAUUGCUCGUACACUUGGCGACCGAGCAGGGAUGGGUCGUGCUUUUGGGAACAUUGGUAAUGCCUACAGUGCACUAGGAAGUUAUGAACAAGCUAUAAAGUUUCAUAAGCAAGAGCUGACAAUAUCUAAAGAAGUUAAUGAUCGAAGUGCGGAAGCUUCAACUCAUGGUAACUUGGCUGUUGCUUAUCAAGCUCUCAGUAUGCAUGAAAUGGCUCUUCUUCACUAUCAAAGCCACUUGAACAUUGCUCGAGAACUUAAGGACAGUGCUGGAGAAGCCUGUGCUCUUUGUAAUCUUGGUAACUGUCACAGCUCCCGUGGUGAAUUCCAGCAAGCAGUACCUUACUAUGAGAGUUACUUACGGUUAUCCCAGGAGAUUCAGGAUAUUGAAGGAGAAGCUAAAGCAUGCCAUUUCCUUGGUUAUGCUCAUUAUUGCCUUGGUAAUUUUAAGGAAGCCAUUCGUUACUAUGAAAGAGAUCUAGCAUUAGCCAAGGAUCUACAGGAUAAGAUGAGCAUGGGCAGAGCCUACUGUAACCUUGGACUUUCUCAUUUGGCUCUUGGAAACAAUCAAGCUGCUUUAGAGUGUCAAAAGUACUUUCUUGCCAUUGCCCAGCUGAUGAAACAUGUACAGGGUAAGUUUCGUGCACUAUGCAACCUUGGUGAUGUACUUCUCAAAAUGAAAAACACAACUGAAGCAGUAAAGGUCUACCAAAAACAAUUGAUUCUAGCUAAACAAAGUAGAGAGAAAAGUCUAGAGGCAGCUGCAUAUGGAGCUCUUGGACUCUGUCAUCGUCAUAUGAAGUGCUAUGAUAAAGCCUUGGGGUACCACACUCAGGAACUGACUGUCCGUCAGGAAAUGGGUGAUGUUAAAGGAGAAUGUAAAGCUCAUGGUCACCUGGGAGCUGUCCACAUGUCUCUAGGGAACUAUACCCAUGCCAUGAAAUGCUAUGAGGAACAACUGGAACGAGCAAGAGAACUUCGAGAUUGUUCCCUAGAAACCCAAGCCUUAGGAAAUCUGGGAAUCACCCGGCUCAACAUGGGCCAUUAUGAAGAUGGUAUUGGUUAUUUGGAACAACAGCUCGCCCUUCUGGAGCAGCUGGGAAGCAACACAGCCCUAUUGGAUAAAGGAAGGGCUUAUGGGAACCUUGGAGACUGUUAUGAUGCUCUUGGUGAUUUUGAAGAAGCUGUUAAGUGCCAUGAACAGUACCUAGCCAUUGCCCUCAAAGUACAGUCUCCACGAGAUAAAGAACGGGCAUAUCGAGGUUUAGGUAAUUCCCACCGCUGUCUGGGCAACCUUCAGCAGGCAUUGGUGUGUUUUGAGAAAAGACUGGUUGUUGCUCAUGAGUUGGGUAAUCUUACUGGAAAAGCUUCUGCUUAUGGUGAACUGGGUGGUAUACACAGCCAGCUAGGGAACUUUGAACAAGGUAUUUCCUGCUUAGAACACCAAAUGUCAUUAGCCCAAGAACUUGUUAACCGAGCAACAGAAGCUGAUGCAGCUUGUGGCUUAGGAACUGUCUACCAGCAGAUGGGUGAUCAUAAACGAGCCCUCAGAUAUCACCAGCUGGACCUAGCUAUUGCUGAGGAGACUGGAAAUAUGGCUGCUCAGGGUCGAGCCUAUGGAAACCUUGGUGUCACUCAUGAGUCUUUAGGAGAAUUUGAACAGGCCAUCAUGUACCAGGAACAACACCUCAGUAUAGCUGCUCAGAUUAAUGACAAACUGGCAAAAACUCUUGCUUACAGCAGCUUAGGUCGUGUGCAUCAUGCUUUAGGUAAUACACCCCAGGCAGUGGCCUAUCUUCAACAGGGUCUACAAAUUGCAGAACAACUGGGACGUAGAGAGGAUGAAGCUAAAAUUCGUCAUCGACUAGGACUUGCUCUUUGGGGUCAUGGAGACUUAGAAGGCGCCCAGCAACAGUUAUACCGAGCUGCUGAUCUGUUUGAAAAUAUCCGUCACGAGGCCAGAGGAUCCAGUGAAUAUAAGUUAUCGUUGUUUGACCUACAGACUGUCUCCUAUCAAGCUCUUCAAAGGGUUCUUGUUAGCCUUGGACGUCGACAAGAGGCACUAGUAGUGGCAGAAAGAGGACGCACCAGGGCAUUUGUUGACCUUCUUAUGGAGAGACAGACCAGUGGAGGUAGUAACAUGCCAACACUUACUCCUGUCUCUGUGGAACAGAUUUUGGACACCGUGAACCGGCAAAAAGCGUCUGUGUUAUAUUACAGUGUUGCUGCAGGGUAUCUUUAUACCUGGCUAAUUGUGCCCCAAAAAGGAAUUGUUGCCUUUCAUGAAGUCAGUGUUACUGAUACAGAAGCAGACAACAGUAGUGACCAAGGAGUGUUACCCCUUACAGGCUCUGUGUUAGAGCAAUAUGUUUUGCAUGUUCGAGAAGCUUUAGGGGUUGAGGUUUUAACUGCUGGUGGAGCUGCAACAAUGAGUGAAACUGAAAGUGAAGCUGGAGAUUUGUGGCAGCAUCAUUUGGAGGAACUAGGAGAUAAACUUAAUCAGGAGACUGACAGAACUGGCUUUUUAAGGAUGGUCAACAGAAAUCAUAUAUUCAACAGUAGCAACUACAGCUUAAGUAGUCUCUUUAGUGUUGGCAGCAUCAGUGGUAGUAUAGCCAGUGGCUCCACCAGUCGCCCAGGCAGCAUCAGGUCAAGACGCCACCUAUGGCAAGGUCCGGCACCACUUCAUGCCCUCUAUGAUCUUCUUAUAGCACCUGUAGAGGAGGAACUACCAGUGGAACCAGAAGCUAAAGAGUUACUUCUUGUUCUUGAUGGAGAUCUUUAUCUUGUUCCAUUUGCCAUGUUGAAGAGCCAGACUUCAGAGGAAUAUUUAUGUGAGAGGUUUUCUCUAAUGGUCUUGCCCUCAAUCAGUGCCCUUAAAGCAAGUCAGCGGAAGAAAUCUCCUCAACAAGCUAAUGGAGAGCAGUUGUUAUCACUAGUGGUUGGCAAUCCAAAACUUACUUCUGCUGUUUCAGAGCAAUGGGGUUUUAAUGAUAUUCCUUAUGCAGAACAGGAGGCUAGUUUAGUGUCAGAAAUGUUGGGAACAGCAGCAGUAAUUGGUAAUCAAGCUUCAAAGGAGACUGUGCUAAGCCAGCUGUCACAGGCAGAGUGUAUCCACUUGGCCACCCAUGUGUCUUGGAAGUUAUCAGCAGUUGUACUAUCCCCUGGGGAAUUCAUGGAGUCUUCUGCUCGACGAUUUUCUCAAAGCUCUCAGCCAGAAAGUUCACACCAGCAGGCUGAGAAUUGUGAUGAAUUAGCCUCUACUAGUGACAUUCCACCCCUCUCAGAUUUCCUUCUCACUGCUGCUGACAUCCUGAACUUGCGGCUCUGUGCUCGACUCGUAGUCAUUAGUUCCUGCCACACUAGAAAUCAUCAUGGUCGUGUCCAUUCUGAUGGUGUAGUUGGGUUAACAAGGGCUUUACUAGCUGCAGGAGCUCAGUGUGUAUUAGUGUCCCUCUGGCCAGUCCCAGACACAGCCAUUACAGUUCUAUACCGGUCUUUUUAUGCUUCUUUGCUUCAGGGUUCUAGAGUGAGUGUUGCCCUAGCUGAAGCUAUGAGGACUAUACAAACAACUAAACAUUUUGCCCACCCUGCAAAUUGGGCCAGCUUUCUCUUAAUUGGAAGUGAUGUCAGUCUCAUCAGCCAGGUGGCUCUGAUGGGUCAAGCAUUAGCAGAAUUGCUGAAGAAACCAGACCAAUGCCGAGAUGCACUGAGAGUUGUUCUACAUUUGGUUGAGAAGUCACUCCAGCGUAUCCACAGAGGACAUAAGAAUGCAAUGUAUACAACACAGAAGAGCAUUGAAAAUAAGGUGGGGUCAGUUGUUGGUUGGAAGGAACUACUGAUGUCUGUGGGAUUCAGAUUUGAACCUGCUUCCAAUGGACUUCCAGCUUCAGUGUUCUUCCCCCAGUCAGAUCCUGGAGAAAGACUGACCCAGUGUAGUGCCAGUCUUCAAGCUCUUUUAGGUCUGUCUGCAGUGUCCUUAAGUGCUAUCUCUAAACUCUUGACCAGCCCAGUUUAUGCAGAAGACAUAAUAGAAUUGAUGCGUAAAGUGAUGAAUCAACUGAAUAAAAAAGACCCUGAACUUGAAAAUGUGGAAUGUCCUGUGAGUGUUAAAUUAUGGAGUGUUCCUGGUUGUCAUGAGCUUCUGGCAUCACUAGGUUUUGACCUGAUGGAAGUUGGAAGAGAUCAAGUGACUUUAAGAAUGGGAAAACAGGCCAAUAGAAGGAUCAUACAGUUUGCACUACAAGCUCUAUUGGCUGUUUUUGACACUCAAGAAGCUGCUAAGACUCUUCCUAUUGAAGAUUCUAGUUCAAUGGAAAGCCUUGACUGUGAAGCAGUUGAAUCUCCUCCUCCCACCAUCCCAGCUCUUCCAUUCCCCCUGAGAAGACAGGGACCAAUCAUUGGUCAGAGAACAGGAGCUUUUACCAACUAUGUACGCACUAGAGGUGAACCUGAUGGUCACACAAGUAAUAGUGGGAAUGAUCAGAAAAAUCGUGACAGUGACACUUUUACUCCCAGCCCAGUAGAUCCUGUGUCCAAACCUUAUUUAGCAGGAAUACAACCCCAAAAAUCCUCACCCCAGCCCAGUCCUCGUGUAGCAAUUGCUCUGGCUCACCAAAACCACAUAAAAUCUAUGUACAGUGAAGACAGCCCAACAGGGGAAGGACUUUCUAAACGACCAGACAGCUCCUCAUCAGCCGGUUCUGUGACAGACUGGGAGGGUGGUCAGUCUACAGUGCGAAGACAAAACAUCUGCAGGGAAAGUGUACCUCUGAGAACUCAUUGUGCCUCUAGUGUUGGCUGCUACCAGAGAGAAAUUUCAAGCAGUACCUUAAAAUCGGAAAAAAAAUUACAGCAUAUAUCUGGGAUGGAGUCGCAGUGUAGUGACUCUGAUCCUAAUGAUUUUAAUUUACAGUGUACCUUUCCAGAUAUUUUAGGAACAAGUAGACUUGGUUGGGGAGGAAGUAAAUUAAGUGCACUUCAACCCUUGUUUGAAAUAAAGAGUCAGCUUCAAAGUUUGUCUACUCAUGAUUCAUCUAUUUUCAGUUCUACCUUAGCAGGUGACUCUAAUGAUGAAUCUUUUACUGCUAAUGUGUUAGAAGUUUCUGUACCAGCUAGCUUCACAAAAAAACAGGACUCAGGUUCUGUCAUCUAUUCUGUGCGUUCUAUGGAAGAAACAACAGUGGGACGGGGAGAAACUCUGGAAGAGAGAUCCAUUCAAAAUCACAUCUUUAAUACCCAGCUCAGACAGCUCAGCCGUGAUCCAGUUAUUUCAGAUGUAUAUCAUGAUCGUAGAGUAGGUUUAGGCUUAGCUCCUUCAUUAUCAAAAAUUUUGACAGCAGCUUGUGAUCAUGGUCUCAGUGAACAUAGAGACAACGAGUCCCAAUCACAUGACUAUCAUGAAUAUGACUCUGUUUUUUCUUCUCCUCCUGGAGGGACAGGUAAAAAAAUUCAGCUUAAAUCCAAGCCACCUGUGCCCCCUAAGCAUUCAACAGCAGCACGAUCUCACAGAAAGAAGAGCCAUAGUCCAUCACGAUCAGAAGCUAAACGACGAACAAAUACAAGUUGCCAGUCAUCAGGUUCACACAUAGAAAUGCUGCUGAAAGGAAUAAGUAUAGCUGAUAGUCAUUUAGGGACUAAAGAGGUACGAGAUGAUGGUGAUGGAGGAUCAGUAACAGAAAUAAGCUGCCCAAGUCAAAGAAAAAAGGGGAGCUUAAUCUGCCCUCACUGCGAGUUUAUCCCUCUUUUGUUCCAUCUCAGUGGCAUGAUUCCAGACAAAAAUAUGGAAAGGUCUUGGAAGAAAGUUUAUCUGACUCUCAGGGAGUUAAUGACCCUCAAACACAAACAUUGUCUAUUUCUACUGUGACACACAGUGAUGCCACUCUUCAAGGAGGUCUGUCACAUUCAACUGACACUGUGACACAUGGUGAUAUUACUCUUCAAGGAGGUCUUCUGUCGCACUCAGCUGAUACUGUGACACACAGUGAUGCCA